UGGUGGCCUCAAUAUUGACUUGCCCAAAAAGAAACUAUCUAUAAAAGUUGUAGGUAAAGACCUAUUGUUUACAACGAACUGUCAAAUGCCGUUUACCGUUUGUUGCUCUAAUUCGUGGUCUUCAAGAUCUGAGAGGGGGGAAAGCCCCGCCCGAUUCCGAACGUUUCGGAGCCCGCCCAGAAUAGGGCUAAAGGGCAACAACACCUUUUCAUUUAUUUAGGUACGCAUUGAAAUACGCCUGAUCUGCAUAUGUUUUUACAAAUGUGUUGUAGACAUAUAAGUCCAAAUCGAAUGUAGAUAGCAUUGAGCCACUAUCCACUAACCAUCCCGUCCCGGUCCCGGCUUGGCACAGCUCUGUGCUCCCCCGCAGCGGGGAGCUCAGAGCUGUGGGGGGGCCCCGCCCUGUGCCAGCCCGGGGAACGGUUCCCCCGCCCGGUCCCGGCGGGGAAGGUUCCCCUACCUGAUCCCAGUGGGGCACAUUUCCCCUGUCCCAGCGGGGCACAGUUGGUCUGCCCCGUACCUGCAGGGCACGGUUCCCCUGCCCGGUCCCGGCGGGGAAGGUUCCCCUACCUGAUCCCAGUGGGGCACAGCUCCCCUGUUCCAGCGGGCCCCGUGUCUGCGGGGCACGGUCCCCCCUGCCCGGCCCCGGCGGGGAAGGUUCCCCUGUCCCAGGGCGCGGUUCCCCCGCCCGAUCCCGGAUACAGCCGGUCGUCUCGACUGCGGUGGGGAGCUCAGGGUUCGUACCGCGGUACCGCGCUGCAGCGACCGCCGGCAGGCUGCAGCGCCGCCGCCGCGCCGACCGGCGGCCGGUAUUUAGGCGGCGGGCGGCGCGGCCGGGCCCAGACCGCGUCCCGACACCGGUGCACCAUGUUCCCGCGUCUGUCGUCCGUGCUGCUGGUGGUGCUGCUGGCUGCGAGCAGCCUGCACCAAACGGCCGCGCUGCACACGCACCAGGAGUACUUCAGCGCGCCGGCCACCGCAGGUCACUCCGGAGAAUGUCAGGACAACAAGGCGGGCAAGUCGGCCAAGCUGGGCGAAACGUGGACCACCACCGGCUGUAAGCUGGCCACCUGCGUGCUGAGGGAGGACCUGAACGGCGAGAUGGCGCUCACCAUCACAGAGGACGGGUGUCCGAUCCUGGAGCAGCAGCCGGGCUGUCGUCAGACGAGCGUCAGCCGCACCAAGCCGUUCCCCGACUGCUGCCCCAAGCUGCGCUGUCGGAGCACUACCGGCGGCAAGGUGGUCGUCAUCCCGGGCAGCAGCCCCGGCCUGAGCUCGUCCCCCUCCUCGCCGGCCCCAUCCCGCGGCUCCUCAGCCGUCAGCAAGAAGAGGACCGGCCAGACGAGCGGCUCGCGCAGGAAGUUCCCCAAGUACCAGCCGCGCACCUAGAGCGUCACACGAGCGGGCAGCGCGUGCAACCUCCAGAGGAGACCCAUCUUCCCAGCGCCGCCGGCGGGCGGAGUGGAGCUGUUUGUUCGGAGCUUAGUUUUAAUAUCUGUUGUUUCCUCGCCACAAAGAGAGGCGUGUCUCGGUGAGCUCCUGUGCCGCGGGACCGGCGAAACGACAGCGGCGGGCCAAGGCCCUGGCGGGUCACCGGUGGGUCAGAGUGCACGGCUGUGUCGCCGGCCUCCCCAGCGGCUCGAUAAAUACCGUUAUUCUUUGUCCAUCCCGCCGACAAACGCGGCCAACACUGUGUGCAAUACAUGUCUUUUAGAUGGC